CUCUUCUUCCUUUCCUCCCUCUCCCUAUUUUCAGCUUGAUGUGAAGAUGAAGAUACUUCUCUUUGCUAGCAGUCUGUUACAAUGUCAAGCAUACGUAGGGAUUACGAGGCUCGGGAUGUUAUGCAGAGAGUGCUUUUCCGGCCAUUGAAUCUGAUUAGUUCUCGCCAAAGAAUUUCACGUUUUGUUGGUGUAUCUGUGUAUAUAGUGAAAGAUUUUCUCCCCGGA